GUUCGGUCUGAUGUUAUAGGAAAAGUUUGAUGUUGAGUGGUUGUCCUUGUCAUGGUCGAUGCUUUCGUAUGAUUUUGAUAAACUACGAAGAAGUAAAGGAACAUCACUCAACAUAGAGAUGGACCUCUGAUUGCCCGGCCCUGUUCAGGAACGAAGAAGAAUGGGGAGAGGACUACGACGACCUCACUUCGGUGGUGACUCUCGGCAAACACAACAACAUAACCAAGCCGUAGGUGAAGUUGCAGAAGAUGAUGAGCAACAGAAGCCCACCGAAGAUGCGCCGCCUGCGGCGCGAGAGCCUUGUCUCUCAAAACGUGUGCGUCGGACCUACGGACUGAAAAGACGGGCUUUACUUUGUGGCUCUCUUUAAGGCUACAAUAUAUAACGAACAACUAUCAAUUUUGAAUUAGAGUAUUGAUUGUUUUCCUCCUCAAUACUGACAGACUACUUAAGUAGCUGUAGCUGAAAGUAGCUGUAGCUGAGGUCAUCUUCAUUCUAAAUCUCGCAAUUCUUCUCCUCUUCGCAUUCCCCUGGCCAUGCAUACGGCGCAAGAAGCGAGAAUCCACCGCAGCAUGUCGUAUCCCUCAGGAGAGUCCUCAUUCCACCAGAGGGACAGGACGAUCGAUUUUAUCAAGACUAUGAAGGUGGUCAUAGUUCAUCAAGUUCUGCGCAUAGCCAAGGCCAACGUAGAAGUGACCUCAGAAGUCCCGCUGGCGGCGACUGGGGAGAUGCAAGUCCAGAGGAUGCCUCAGGCGCUGUCCGUCGUGGUCCGACUUCAGUAAGUCAAACCGGCGCUUGGUCGUUGAGUAGAACAAAGCAUGCCGCUAAGCGAGUGGUGCUGUCAAGACCGGAAAUCGAUGUACAACUUCUUGUCUGAGAAGUGGUCAUGCUUCUGAUAUGAAGAUCUAAACAAGUCUCAAACUCGACUUCUUGUACUGCAUCAUGAACAUCUCUUGACAAUAAGCAAGAAAUUUGAAUCCAUGAUUUCAAUAGGCCCUACGGAGUUACCACCAGAGUGCGCAUCGACGGGGAGCCAGUAGCACUACGAGUGGUCGCAAAUAUCUGUCAUCCAAACGGACUAACGCGGUCACGAAACUAAAAAAUCUCUACAAUUCCCAGUAUGUUGGAGCAAUUGGCGUGGGCUCGAUAUCUGUUCCCCAUCGAUGCGCCGAGAGCCGAACAACACCGGUAAUGCUAGUCAAGAAACUAUAAGUAAAACAAAGAGGGCGAUGGAGUUAUUUUAGAUAGAUGAAGAUCUAACAAAGAGGGCGAUGGAGUUAUCUUAGAUAGAUGAAGAUCAUGAUAGUUAUACCAGUACGAGUACCAUGCUGCAUCGAGAACAUGACCAGGAGAAGAAAACACUGCAAAUAAUCACUCAGGUCAAUUUCGUCCUCUCAGAAUUCGCGAAACUAGACGGUUCGCUGCGCAAUUCAUGCCAUUAUGAGGAGCAGUCCAUGAUUGACGUGGUUUUUGAUACGGGAUCGACGAACUUGUGGAUCGCUUCCGAUCUGUGCACCACAGCACCAUGUACGGAAAGCGGUCGAAAGCGCUACAAUCACAUGCUUUCGGAGUCAUUCCAGAAGACGGAGCUGGAAACCGAAUUAGACAUUGAAUUCGGCACAGGAGAACUGAAAGGGGAACAAGGUACAGUGAGUGUCUUGUUUAGGAAGCGCUUUGAGUCAUCAUUCCUUGUGAUAGGACUUGAGUUUUUGAUGAACUUCGAAUGAGCUGCAACUUGCGGUCCUUCUCUCAUAGUGAUGGUGAUACUUAGUUGUUCUUCUUCUUGCAAGGAAAUUCAUCAUCAUCUACAGGUCAAGACGAUUUUCAUGUUGGGCCGUUCACUGUAGAAGAUCAGAGUUUUGGGAUGAUCCGUGAGGAAAUUGGCGACGCUUUCAAGAGCAUUCCCUUCGAGGGCAUUCUCGGACUUGCCUUUCCAAGUAUGUCGGCUGGAAACGUCCGGCCAUUCUUUUACGGCUAGUGGUUGUAGAUGUAGCGCUUCGAUCAUCGACAACAAAGCCUUCUUCGAGGCAAAUUAGAGACCACGCAUUGGAAGGAAUGCGUAAUGGAAUGGAAUGGGGUUUCUUCUAAUAAAAAUUUAUUGACAACUACGUGAUCCAGAUCCUGAUCUGAUUGCCAAACCCCAAGGUGCCUCCUCUAAUGUCCCGACAAUGUGAUAGCCCAAGGCGUUCUGGCAAAGAACGAGUUUGCUUUUUACUUCAACAUGGAGGAGGCAGCCACAGUGGAGCACGCGCUGGAGCCGAUGAACGCGCUUUUUUGGGGCGGCGUGGAUGAGCACUUUUACGAGGGUCCAAUCAAGCGCUACAAUGUGACGCAACCUCACUACUGGGCUAUAGACCUCUUGGAGUUUAGGGUUGGAGACGAGGCCUACGACGUCGAAGCAGGUGAACGGAUUCAAGGAACUAGUAGUGGCCGCACAAUGAGUAGCAGUUCUUCAUUAGCGAUGUCUGCAGAUGUGGAUGUGCCAAGUAGCUCAUUCGUCGAAGAUAGUAGUGGAAGUGGAACUCAAACUGGUGGAGGUAGUGGCAGUGGGAUCCAGCAGAGGACGUCGAGUACUAGAAAAUCUAGUGGUCGCUACAUGCGCCGACAUGAUAAGGAGUUAGACAACGUGCAUGAGAUAACGAUUCGUCCAGCCGACGUAGCUGCUGUGGACGUCAAUGAGCAAUUGUUGCUAACGAACUUGGUUGGCCGUACUACAUCGACUAGCAAAGCGGAUAUUAGCAGUGGUAGCUCAAGCACAUCAUCUCUAGCCUCCGUGGCCGGUGACUUCAUGUCCGGUAUCGCCUCGUCUUUCCUAGAAACAAAAGAUGCAAAGGUACCAGAAAAGAUACAAGAAGAUGUUGAAGAUCAACGCGAGGAAGCGAAACAACGGAAAGCAGACGGAAAUGAUGAGGACUUACCAUUACCUUCCUUAAGGGUAGGAUAAGGGUGCUUUUGUUACCGUUUGUUAUGGCUCUCCUAAGGGGGACGGCCAUGACAAACGGGAUACACGAACAACAAAAACCUACCUCUAACUUCAAGGCUUACCCCAGAUCAAGAAGAACGAGAGUCGUCAGAGCAAGAGGACGAAUCACCUCCAGAGUCAUUACUACAAGUCGUAACUUCAUCGAGAACUACAGAUGAAACGUCUCCUAGUGCUAAUAUGAAGGGCGAAUUCGAGAUAGAUGCGCAAGCUAGAUGGGAUCAGAAGAAUGAGGAACAAAAAGAUGUACAGCAAGUAUCUACUUCUUCAUCCAGGAAGCAACAUCUUCAUCGUGAAUCUCUCAGAGGUGAAUAUCAAGACGAAGUACAACAAAGUCAAGACCUCCAACAGGCACUACAGCAAGUAAACGAAGCUUCCGCUCAACAGUUGAGCUUAAGUCCUCCAAGAAGAGGGAACACGAUACCCAAACUAGUGAUCGAUAGUGGGACAACGUAUUUCACCGCUGGUAAAAAGCUGUACAAGACCCUAUCAGAGCGUUUGCCUCCUGUAGAUUGUGACGAAAUCAACGCUCAAAACUAUCCUCCACUCGCAUACGUGUUGCAAAAUGCAGAGACCGGCAAGAAGGAAGAGCUACUCAUACCGCAAGAGAUUUACAUGUACACUGGUUUUACUUAUGCUAGAGAAAAUCAGGCCAAGGCUCAAGUACAAAAUCAAUGGUUGAUCCAGUAGAUAUGAAGUUCUUAGUAUCUGGUGCAAUGGUUUAUUUUGUUAUGGUUUUUACCACUUGACUCUAGUAUUCCUGAAAUUAACUACUUAAGUACCUGCUUGCAAACUUCUUUUAAUCGACAUUCUUUUCACUCGCCGUACUCCAGGGUCACCGACGAGAACGGCCAAUGCGAGCUAGCCUUUAUGGAGAUAGAUUUGCCGCAUGGUUAUGGACCAGGCAUGUUACUUGGGGAAGUGUUCAUGCGACACUAUUUCACGGUAUUUACAAGGGAACACGCUGGACCUGGAGAUAAUAGUCAGCAUGGCAGCGCGCAGACUGGAGGUGGUGGAUCCUCUUAUGGCAUUGGCUUGUAAAAAUACUUGAUAGUCCAUCACUCGGUCCUCUUGCUCUUCUUUUUAGAAGGUACAAAUUGACUGAACGACCUCAGAACCAUUUGGCCACGUGGUCUAAGAGGUAACAUAACAUGACAUGACAUCUUGCUGUCCAAUGAGACAACGACAAGGAUGGCUCCUUUAGUUCUGAGUGUGACCAACAUCAUCAACAUGGAGGAAAAACAAGUGCAAUGUGCUAUCUAUCUUUUCCUCGUCUGUCAAUGAUCAUUUAGCAAACUGCUCUAAAGCCCAAGAGCAGGCGCUUCGUCCGCGACAGUAGGAUUCGCACGCGCAAAGGUGGGCAGCGGACCGAUGACGAGACUGCGGCAGCUUACUUCCGAAAGUAAACCUUCCUUUGGGGAAGCAUAGAAAGAAUACGAUAUUCGAUGAAAGUAGAAAGUAGGCAUGUACUGAAAAAUGAAACAGAAUGUGCAUGGAAAAUCUGAUAUGUAGCUUCUGAUACCCUCCAUCUUAUCCAUCUUCGUGUUCAUCAUCAAAGUCGAUUCUAAUUUCUCAAAAGUAUAAUCAAGUCCGAUAUUAAUACUCAUCAUUCCAAUCUUCAAAAUCAGCAAAUAUAACAAGUUUAGCUAGUUUAUGGUUAUUGCUAUGCACAGUUUCCGCCUAGGUAUAGAUUGUACAUCUCCACAGUUUCCGCCUAUAGAAAUAGAUUGUACAUCUCCAGUUACUCUUCUAGGUUUGCCUCAGCGUAGAGGUGCUUGCACAGAAAAUGUAAAUGAAAAAGAAGGAACGCCGCGAUAAUGCCAAUUUUUAAACACAAGCUGCACUGGCCAACUGUGCGAGAUUAAUUAUAUUGUCUUGCGAGGAUGAUCAUAUUCAUCCAGGCACACAUGGGCAAUAAAGCUAAUCAUGAUCAUCUAGUAUCCUGCUCUACGACCUCUACGGUCUCGUAUUAUAGAUUACUCAGACUCAAACUCUCUUCCUAGAACUAGAAGUCAAUGUAUGAAUGCAACCUCUUUUGCACAAGAAUAUGGAAUUGUGGAGGAAGACAGGAAUGUGGAAGUAGAUUUCAGGACACCAAACGGAAAAAAGCGUGAAGGAGAUUAGGGUGUCCAUAUUUUUAACGGGCAUGAUCAUUUAAGCAUAGAAUUAGAGACUCUUGUGAACAAGACGAUGAGGUCGAGUAGAGUCAGAGGCGAGAAACAACAAAGCAUCAAAAAGUAUUUUCGAUGGCGAUCGAUGAAGUUCUUAUUAAUAGGACAUCUCAGUCACAAUCACUACCCGCGCAGGUACAGGUGUUAGUGGC